AUGCUCUCUUCACGAAGCGUUCACAACCGGAAUGCACGCAAAUUUAUAUCGCAGGUAACCAGCCCCUCCAACAUCACAAGAAUACUCGGUUUAUACCAACUUAAAUGCCCCAAAGCUCAUGGCCUCAUUCGCUCCUCUCAAUGCAAUCGCACUCUAGGCAAACAUCAAAGGCAUGUAAAGCAUAGACGUCACCAUGCCGACUCGCCGCGGCUUGAGAUCCAGCGGUUUACAAAUGAGGAUGAUGGGUUGAUAGGCGAACUAUUUCUACCCGGCGUUCUGGAUGCUUCUUUUGUCAUGGCAGGAAGCCGGAAGAUACUACAGGAUGUCCUGGCUAGGGCUAAUAUUUCGGAGGACCCAGACAGCGAGGCUGAAAGCCAUAAAAAUCCUCUCGAGGGAAAAUCAACAGAUAACUCUGACGAUGAGGAUGAGCAACAUGAGACCUGCCCUGAACAGCAAUCAUCUGAGAUAUUGGAACAUGAAGAUAAUCGCCCGACAGAGCGACAGGGCUAUGAGACCACAGAAGAGCUGAGAGGAAAUAUACUUGUACAGCCUGAAUCGGAUGAAGGUUCGGAAGAACACUCACCACCGGACUCGAUUCAGUCAGGUAUGGGUUAUAUCAUUUUUACUGGAAAUAAGUACCAAAAGUUCAAGGGUACAAUCAGUUGUGAUACUCUGGGCUGGGAUAAUGUUGUAAUGAAUGGUUGGGAACAGUGA